AAGAAUUCCAUUAAUGGGAAAUAGUGUGUGAAUAAUCGACAUUUUUUAAUAAACUUUAGUCGCAUUCGAGGAUGGUGUGGACUUAUGUUGUGCACGUAACUGUGAAAAAUUGGUGAAAUUAGAAUUUUUAAAAGAAGAUAAUGAGAUUAUGGCUUCAUUUCACCGUCCGAUGUUGUUAGUUGGCAUUCUAUUAUGCCUCGCCUGCUCGUUGUCACUCACAAAAUUACUUCUGUGUGUAUUUGCUGAAGGUAGCCCAGGAACUGGAGACAAAUCAGAAGUGGAUAUAUGGCUUGAAGAAAACGAGUUACGCCAGUACAAAAGUAUCUUCAAAGAGCACGGGAUGAAUGAAUGCUGCGUUGCGUUUGGACGAGGACCGAAGGACGUCUAUCGAAAUAUUGGCAACACUGCCGAGGACACUGCGUUUUAUGAACGUAAACUCCGAACUCGGAAGCUUGGUUUACAAAAGAAGAAGGGGUUCUCCUCUCUGGCCAUAACAGAUUGGCCAGGGACCGAGCCCGGCCUCAGCUGUGGAAGGCGAAUGCGCUUGCCAGUACGCCACAAGCAGCCCCGUACUGUAGACGUUGAUCCUUCUGUUGGCGGCGCGGGUCGUGGCGAGGUGAACGGUCUUGAAGCAGGCGGAGUAGAUAACGCGGGCUCCCUUGAUGCGGCUGGCGCUGGCGCUGGCGCGGCGCGGCGCGGCGCGGGGCCGGGCCGGGCGGCGUGGGGCGCGGCGGCAUGCAUGCUGAACGCGCCCAGCCACCAGCAAGGUCUAGUACACCCGAGUAAAGCCGCAAAACUGCUCGCCCAGGGAGACGAGAACGGGGGCUGCACUGGGCUCACAAGUUGUGGCGUGGUAAAGCGCCGGGGUGGAGUGUCUGCGAAUCAGUAUAGGGUGGCUGCGGGCAUGGGAAUUAGUUUAGGGGAUGGGUACCAGGAGGCUGAGAUACAAGGACCUCAGAGUUUGUACACGUUUGUAAUAUGUCUUGUACGUAAACUUGUAUAUAUGAAAGGUCGUGUGUGGUAG